AUGAGACUGCGGAUGGAUUGGCUAAAAAUUGCUAUAACUUCACCUCCAAUGAAUUCUCCUAAGGUCCCAUUCAUGGAUCACCAGGAAAUGUAUAAAUUGUUGGCAACCAAUAACACCAACGAUGUCAUAGUCAAGGAGGACUUGGUUAAGGGCGUCAACAACUUCGAGACAAUUAAUAGAUGUAAAUCCCGAAAGUGCACAGAGAGGAUCGAGACAAUGGUUCUUGCCAAGUGUGUGUUUCUCUUGUUCGCCUGCAGUGCGCUGGUCCACGCGACCACAUCCACCGCAAAGGAUGACGACACCCUCGUGGAUAGAGGGUUCAGGGCUAUGUACCGGGUCUACGAUGACUGUCAGCAACGGAACAUCGCUGUGUCGCCUUGCCUGAAGAAGAAAGCGAUCGCGUUCUUCGAGAGGCUCGGCAGGAUGCGCACGUUGCCGUUGUCGGAGAACCUGGAGCUGAUCAGAACCACCGAGGAGGCGCCGAAGAGCUCUGUGACGGAGUUGGAGACCAGUCUCGGGAGGAAUGCUGCUAGCAAGGAUGAGAUCUUGAACGAGAUCCUAUUCGACCGUGUCGCUUCGUUGUUGAAUAGCUUCAAUGUUCAGAUACGUUUGCCUAAAACGACACCUGGCGAGCUGAAGAGGGGCAUGGAGGAGGGGCGGGGUAAGAUGAAGAAGAUGAUGGGCAUGAUGAUGAUGGGUAUGGCCAUGAAGAUGGCGGCGCUGAUACCCAUCGCCCUGGGUGUGCUGUUCCUGCUGGCUGGAAAGGCGCUGAUCAUCAGCAAGAUCGCUCUGGUCCUGUCACUGAUCAUUGGACUGAAGAAGCUUCUCAGCCAGAAACAGAGCCACGAUCAUGGCGGCUGGCAGCAGAGCGGCGGCGGCGGCUGGGACAGGAGCCUGAAGACUAUUUCCGAGGCGGCUGAAAUGUCCUCCACGACGGAGGCGACGAUGAAGUACGCGCAGAACUUGGCAUACUCGGCGAGACAUCUUCAUUGA